AUGCCAAUUGAGGUUAUUGUUGCGGGUCUGCCACGGACGGGAACGACGUCAAUGAAAAUGGCUCUUGAACAAUUAGGCUUUGCAAAGACAAUGCAUACGGAUUCUUGUAUCAAUGAUCCUAAACUAGCGGCAGCCUGGCGAGAAAUUUAUGCAAAUCAUUUAGAGAAAACAUGGACUGGUCAAGAUUGGCGAGACUUUUUUGAUAAACGAUUUUCUGGAUAUGUUGCCGGCGUCGAUUCUCCAUUUGCUGAUUUUGCGGUUGAAAUUGCUCAAGCUUAUCCUGAAGCGAAAGUUUGUAAAGAAAAAACAAACUAUACAUAA